CCUUCUGUUGCUUAGUGAUGCAACACAUCACACACCAACCAUGAAGCCACUAUUCGCUCCUGUAUUCCACUAGUGCAUAUGAAACCGAAUCAAUGCAGUCCUCAGCAAAAUUAGGCUUAUUCCCCUCUGGGAGCAGACAGAGAGGAUGGGGCGGGGUAGAAAAAGUGUGGGACAGAAAGAGGAGGAAAAGUAGAGAGCUCCCAGGCAGACACAUUCACACACACACACGGCCACAGAGAAACUCUUUCAGUCAUGGGCUCGGAGAGUGUGAUGGAGCUGGAGUUCACGGAGGACCUGCAACUGACCGAGGUGAUGCGGCUGAGGGUUCAAUCUCUGCAGCAGCGUGGGCAGAAGAGGCAAGAUGGCGAGCGCUUGCUUCUGCCCCAUGAGGCAGUGUACCGGCUGGAUUUCACCGACCAGGAACUGACCUUUUCUCACUGGAACGUGACCCUGACUGGGACAGGCCGUCUUUCAGUUACAGGUAUCUCACAGCUAUGGACACCCGACCUCACCAAUCUGAUGACGCGCCAGCUGCUGGAGCCCACAGGCCAGUUUUGGAGGACGGCUGGUGACCCAGACGACGUGCCCAUUAAAUGCCUGGAGGCUGACAUCCAGGAGUUUGGAGAGAGGAUCGCUGAGCUGGCCAAGGUCAGAAAGGUCAUGUACUUCCUGUUCGCCUUCAAGGAGGGAGUGGAGAAGGACGGUGUAAAGUGCUCGGUGGUGUUCAAGAGGAGCGCCUAGGCUGGGUUAUGAGUUUGGAAGAAUGGAAAGCCUUUGAUGUAAUAUUUUUCUGAAACAUACUAAUGCUUAAGUUCACUAGCGUUUCUCCCCUUUUAUAUCAUUCUCUAAUUGACAGAGUUAAUAGUGAAAUGUGUUUGUUGUAAGAGUUUAAAAUCAGACUAAGUUAAUGUCGAAUUAACGUGAUGUGUACACAUACAUAUACACACACAACGUCCAAACGGCUGCUUUAAUUAUAAUUAUUUUUGUGUGAAAAGUGUAUAUGUAUUACAUAUAUAGUUCCUUAAAUGCUUAUUGAGAUUACAGAGCAUUCAAUAUAAUGGAGUUAUGGAGCAUUUUAACAAACCCUGUACUGUAAUACUUCUCUUAUUAUAAUAUAGACUGUGUUGACAGAGAAAUACAUUAGCUUAUAUUACCACUACCUCCAAUGUUCUGCUUAAACUGUGAUUCAUUUUAUGAAAAGCUCAAAAUAUAAAAAACACAUGUAAAACUUAAUAAACACAGAGUCUGAUCAAUUAAAAUAUUUAUGUCAUCCACAUAUGUCUCAGUGUCUCUCUCUUAAUUAGCGAGUGAGUGAGUGGAAACCCAGUCAGACCAUUAGUUGUUCACUCACUUCAAGGUCAGUCCUAUUGGACAUUAGGUCACUGUACACUUUAAUCAAUAUUACAGAUCAUCAUCCUGUCCUGCCUGAGGCAGACAGUGUGGACAAACAUCACAGAUCUCACCAUCAAUCUAUACAUGACAUUCAAAAGCAGGGACAAGAGAGUCAAAGGAUAUUGGUGUAAUUAUAAACAGUAUUAUACAUUAUACCCGGUAUAAUAUAUUAUACCCUUACUGAGACCCAAGCACAUCUGACUGUUUAGGACAAUGUAUUACAUAUUACACAUUUAACAUAAAUGACAGGUUUAUAUUAAUGCUCACGUUCUAACACAAUCACUUCUCAUUCACAGAGACGUAUGCAGCACAUCUACCGUAUGAUCCAAAUCUAAUAAUAAACACAGCCAAUCAAUUGCACUGUACGAAGACCAUUAAAAUGACUUCUUUUGCUCCCUGACAUUUGAAUUAAUAUCUUGGGCUUUGGUCACCCCUCUCCUUUAAUUCUUUUCAGUCUCUCCUCAUAAGUAUGAGCAUCAAAAGAAUUUUCUAAAAUCAAGUCAACAUUAGCAGUGUUUCUGUGACCGGCAGUUUGUUAUGAGGUUCUAUCAUUUUGAGAGGUCUACCAAUGAUAAACAGAAGCUGCACUACCCAAUAAAUGUUGAGAUGGGGUUUUUUCUGUGCAAAAUUGAUGUUGGGCGAGGAGACCUGGUAAGCACUCAGCGUCCAUUUCAUCCCAAAGGUGGAUCUGAGGCCAAGGCUGUGCAGAACACUCAAGUACUUGAAAACCAACUUUGGCAAACCAUGUCUUCAUGGACCUCACU